UCGCACUGCUUCCACACGAACGCGCGCGCAACACCCAGCCGAGCUCACACAUUCCAGACGGUUCUAGCUACCGCGAUCCGAUCGACCCCGAUCAUCGCCGAUGACGUCCACCGUGACCACGCCGAGCCGGCCGCUCCCGGCGGGGAGCCAGCGCCGGCGGUACAGGCCAACGGUGCUCGCCAUCGCCGGCGCCGGCAAGCCGCGCCGGCGCCGCGCUCCGGCCGCCGCCACCAGCUGCUCCGCGCUCGCGUCCAAGCAGAGCACGGCCGCGGCCAAGCUCCUUCCUCCUGCGGAGGUGGAGGAGGCGGCGGCCGGGAUCAGCACGGAUUACAACGAGGUAGCCGCCGCGCUGGAGACGCUGUACCAGUUGAGCCCAACCCUGGUGGAAGACGAGCAACUGGACCAGACCAAGAAGGCCACCAAGAAGAAGAGGAAGGUGAGGAAGAAGGCGGCGGCCAAGACGACGAUCCCGAUAAGGAAGGUGGUGGUGAAGAGCCAGCGGCCGCGACGAAUGGAUCUGGGGAAGAGGGUGGAGAUGAGGGAGGCCGCCGGCAAGGAGGAGGUGGGCGAAGAGCGCGGGUUCGAGGAGGCGCUGCUGAGGGAGCACGCCGUGUCCACGGACAUGGGCAGCCUCGACUGGAGGCGGAUGAAGAUCCCGCCUGUGCUCACCUCCGCGCAGAGCGCCCGGCUCUUCAAGAUCGUGCAGCCCAUGAAGGCGAUUUUGAAGGUGCACGAGAACCUGCAGAACGAACUGGAGAGGGAGCCGACGGACGUCGAGGUUGCCGAGGCCAUGAACAUGCCGGUUCAGCGGCUGCGGCGGUGCCGCGAGGUCGGACGGGCAGCCAGGAACAAGCUAAUCAAGCAUAACCUGCGUCUGGUGCUGUACGCGAUCAACAAGUACUACCCGGACAUGACCGGCGACGAGCGGUUCGCCGACCUGUGCCAGGCCGGCGCCAACGGGCUCAUCACGGCAAUCGACCGCUUCGACCCCAAGCGCGGCUUCCGCAUCUCCACCUACGCGCUCUUCUGGAUCCGCCACUCCGUCGUCCGCGCCAUGACGCUCUCCAGCUUCACCCGCUUCCCCUUCGCCAUGGAAUCGGAGAGGCAGGAGGUCAACAGGGCGAGGGAGGAGCUGUCCUUCGAGCUCGGCAGGGCGCCGACGGACGAGGAGACGAUGAAGAAAGUGGGGCUGUCUCCGGCGAGGUACCGCGACGUGGUGCGGAUGACGAGACCGACCUACUCGCUCCACUCGCGGAACCGUGUCACGCAGGAGGAGCUCAUCAACGAGGUCACCGACGGCGACGCCAUCGGGGUCGACACCCACAAGCACAACCGCCUCCUCCGCCUCGCCAUCGACGACCUCCUCGAUUCGCUGAAGCCCAAGGAGAGCGUGGUCAUCCGGCAGAGGUUUGGGCUGGAUGGUAGGGGGAGGCGAACACUGAGCGAGAUCGCCGGAAACCUGAGAAUCUCCAGAGAAAUGGUGCGCAAGUACGAGCUCAAGGCGCUCAUGAAGCUCAAGCACCCCACCCGGGUCGACUACCUCAGAAGAUACAUGUGAAAUUAGCUGUAUAUAUCCCUCAUGACGCACUUAUACACCAUCUCUAACACUGCCUACAUUAUUCAGUUCACUAUUCUGAUUAUUCCCGUGUAUAUAGGCGAUAUGCCAUAGGGUAAUUCCGUGUUUCAGACAUGUAUAUAUGUGGCGUGUUCAUAAAUAUAAAAGGUUUUAGAUA